GACGGUCCAUGAAGGCGGCGCGGCGAUGGGCGGAGCUUCCGCUCUGACGUCAGAGCGGGCUGGCCCAGAGACGGGCUGAGCACACACGGAGCGGCGCCAUGCAUUACCCCGAGAGCCGCGGACCGCCUGCAGAAAUGCCUCCCGAAGACCUCGACCCACGCCGGAGUUCUCGUCCCCGGACGCACGUUACGGCGUUGUUUUACUGAUAUGCCACCCUGAGGAGGGUAUGCGAGCCCUAAAAUGGCCCGGUUCUGAGUGUUCCUUCGGCGUUUCGCUCGGUGUAGCGUGGCACAGGCGGUGGAUCGUUUCCAAAGUUGUCGGUUAGCAGGACGCGUGUGAAGGAUCGGACUUAAAGGAGCAGCGCACCCCGCUGCCAACAUGGAGAAGCAGCAGAGCGAGCUGGAGCGAGACAGACAGUACUGUGAACUUUGUGGGAAAAUGGAGAACCUCCUGAAAUGCGGGAGGUGCCGGAGCUCCUUCUACUGCAGCAAGGAGCACCAGAAGCAGCACUGGAAGAAGCACAAGCUCAUCUGCAAGGAGGCGGACAGGGCGCAGGUCUCCAGGCAGAAGCCCGGGCAGGCUCCGCCGCCGGGGGACGAGACGGCACCGGAGAAAGGCGGAGAAAAGAGGAUCCCCGAGCAGGCGGAGAGCGCGUCUCCGCCGCGGAACAGCAGCACGGAGGCGCCCGAGGUGGGAGACCGAGUGGGAGAGGACGGGUCCAACAACACCGCCACACCUAACGGACAGACCAGCUCAUCCCCGCAGAAACUCGCCAUGGAGUACAUUGUCCCGUGCAUGAACAAGCACGGCAUCUGCGUGGUGGACAACUUUUUAGGAGCGGACACCGGCAUGGGCAUUUUGGAGAAUGUCAAGGCUCUGCACAAAUCUGGCAAGUUCACCGACGGCCAGCUGGUGAGCCAGAAAAGUGACUCCACUAAAGACAUCCGAGGGGACAAAAUCACGUGGAUAGAGGGGCGGGAGGCCGGCUGCGAGAAGAUCCUCUUUCUAAUGAGUCGCAUGGACGACCUGAUCAGACAUUGUAAUGGCAAACUGGGAAACUACACAAUAAAUGGAAGGACGAAAGCAAUGGUGGCAUGUUAUCCUGGAAACGGGACGCGCUACGUGCGCCAUGUGGACAACCCAAACGGAGAUGGGCGCUGUGUCACCUGCAUAUAUUAUCUUAAUAAAGAUUGGAAUGCCAAGGAACACGGCGGCCUUCUCCGAGUCUUCCCAGAAGGAAAGGCCCAGUUCGCCGACAUAGAGCCAAAAUUCGACCGUCUGCUGCUGUUCUGGUCGGACAGACGAAACCCUCACGAGGUUCAGCCGGCGUUCGCCACGAGGUAUGCCAUCACGGUUUGGUAUUUCGACGCAGACGAGCGAGCCAGGGCUAAAGGAAAGUACUUAACAGCCGCAGGAGAAAAAGGAGUAAAAGUUGAACUCAACAAAUCAACCGAUCCCAGCUAGUGGGAUGCCCACGUCCCGUGCAAGCAGCCAUCAAGUGCUCCGUUCCAAGAAGUGGCCUACAGAGAGCGAGCGUGUGUGUGCGUGUGUGUGUGUGUGCGUGCGUGCGUGCGUGUGUGUGUGUCUGUGUGUUUUGCAUGGUGAAACAGCAGACCUUUUCUUGAAUGGACAGAAGAUCCAUUUUUAUGGAGACAAAUCAAGCAGAUACACAGUAAUUUGUUCAUUUUCAUUCAGCCUGGGUGACCCAGUGGACCUUGAAUGUCACAACAUUGUACUGAAAGGGAUUGUUUUUUUUUUGUUUGUUUGUUUGUUUUCGUUUUGUUUUUCUCACUCUCUUUUCACCUUUUUUGGUGAUAAAUGCUUAUAUUACAGCUGACGUCUUCAAAACAUUGCUUCAAACAGGAAUUAAGCUCAGAGAACACCAUCUUUUGUACAUUGGUUUUUGCAGGUAAUUCCUUUAAAGGUACAGUGUUCUGCAUAUGCAUUGUGUUAUGCUUUUCACAUGGAAUCGGCUGUUAUGAUAAACUACUGUAUGUGCUUGAGUUUGCAAUAAUUUGAGGAGUGAUUUAAAAUUAAAGAAAAAAAAAUUCCUUUUUUUCAACCGAACUUUUU